CUCCGUGAUUCAGUCACACACACACGCGCGCACCGAGCAGAGGCACGAGGAGCCGAGUCUGUCCCCGCGGCUUCCGUAGAUCAUCACCCGGCGUGUGUGUUUGUUAUAAAUGACACCGGAGUGUUUCCAUGUUGGAGGACAGAGAGUGUGUGUGUGUGUGUGUGUGUGGACUACAAACCUGCACCUGAGUUUUGGGAAACAUCACCUGAGGCGCACGAGCAUCGUCGUUUGCAUGAACGCGUGCAGAUAAAAGCAGUGGAUGCAACUUCGCUCCAUUCGUAGGGGAAGAGGUGGGUGAGGCCCUUUCUGAAGACGACCACAGGUGGUUCCACCUCGGCUGAAUUUAUCUCCAAGCGCACCAUGUCCCUCAGCACUUUCCACCUCGUGCAAACACUCAAGAACUCUCCCGCUGCCUUUCGUCGGCGCUUUCGCCGCGACCGCACAGAGUCCCUGUCCCACGGCGACCCCCUCUUCAAAGUCCACUACCUGGGCACAGAGAAAAUCUUCUCCCUGGACCGAGAGCAGGCCCAGGACGCCAUCAGCCACCUGCUGGACGGCAUCUCUAAUGGGAAGAAGCUGAGCAAGGAUCACGCCCUGGUGGUUCGACCGAGGUACGUCGAGGUCAAGGAGCUGAGCACGGGGCGGCAGCUCACGAAGACGUACCUGCAGGACAUUGCGUACUGCGCCGCCGACGCCAACCGGCCCAACGUCUUCCUGUACAUCUGCAAGCAUCAAGGCCAGCAGCUGCAGUGUCGGGUGUUCUGGUGCAGCCGGGCGGAGCGGGCACGGGACAUGACGGCGUGCCUGGCCCACUCCUUCCAGCAGGCGCUCAGCGACUGGCAGCAGGACGGCUCGGCCACGCUGACGACAGGGGAGGUGAAGGGGAAAAGUGUGGAGGAGUCGUCCAACUCUCCCACCAUCAACAAGAGCUCCACCCUGCCCGCCAGUCUGGGAAAAGUGCGCUGGAAGAAGCGAGGCUCCGUGUCCCGCAGCCCCCUGAGGGCCAUCACCAGGAGAGGGUCCGCCUCAGACAGCUGGAACUGAACCCCGGCUUUAACCCCUCGAACAUGAUGGGACCACAUCGACUUAACGACGACAGCACUGACGGGAGGGAGGGAGUGAUUUUUACAAGACAGAACAGAAGGAAGGACGACGGGAGGGGGGGGGGGAUGCUGCAGGAAAGUGGAGGAAAGUCCAUAUUUGGACAGCGUGUGUGGGGACUCUGCUUGUGAGAGGAUGUUAUGUGUGUGGACUCGAAGGUUUGUGACGCAGCACAGGUGUCUGUUGACGUGCGGCGUCCACUGCAGCACACGAUGCCAUUGACGGCUUCCUUUGUUCGCCUGUCAGCAGCGAUCUGAGGACUUGUGGCUGGCCAUGAGACGUUUGAGGACCAGACUGAUUCAAUUCUGAGACUCUCUUGUCGGCUUGUUUGUUUCCAAGGAGUCCGCUUAAUGGCGAAGCCUUCGAAGGUGUUUGAUCUGUUUGAAAAAGACGAUUGGACCCAGCAGCGGUGCCGGCCGAAUGAUGCACAGGGAAAACUGGAAAAAGAUGACGAGGGACCAGAUGUUUCUCAAGCCUGAGUUUUUUUAUUUAACUGACAUUCGUGACUCAUCAUGAUGAUUUUAUUUGGAUGGACAAAAGCACACUUUUAAUCUAUUGCAGUUUUGGACGUAGAUACAGUAGACGUCAAGAUAACUGCUGGCAUGUCAGACAAAAGUGGAUAUCUGUCUCGCACACAAGUCAUUUCUGAGCACUUUCCAAGUUUCCAACUGUAAAAUUUGACACCUGAACGCAUCACAGUUCAAGUCGUUUCAUGAAAACACAGGUUUUAUAAUUUCCUCCUGAAGUGUGCAGGGUAUUUUAUGAGUGGAGCGACCUGCGUCACAAACAGACCUUGCAGGGUCAACAAUUUCCUGCAAAAACACAGCUCGCAGCUGUCCACAAAGACAAAUGAUUUGCAUUUUCACGUGACAAAAACACAUGGGGCCAGCUUGUUUGUGUCCGAACACUGGGAACGCUGUGUUCCUGAGUGGAGGAAUGCGCGGCCGUGCACCUGCAUUCCAGCGCAGGAAAUCCGAGAUGGUGAAUCUUCUUAAACAGCCCUGACUUCUUCUACACAUCCGCCCGUGACUCAGCAUUCGGAGCAGCCUCACAAGUAGAUGCCGAAAUGUGCUUCUGUAACUCCCAGGCCCUCGACUUGUUCACAUUACCAACGCCAUAAAAGGUGCCCUAACAACUUUGAAGUCCAUUCUGAGUGACCUCCUCUCACGAUGGUGAUUUCUGUCUCCGGUUUACAAAUGAGAGACGUGAGGAUUAGUGGUGCAGCCCGAGGCCACCGCUCACUUAUCUUUUUUUAUUGUCUGACCAAAACUAAGCUAUAGAAAGUUUUUUUGACUGCUGUGCCACUUUGUUUUAUCAGUUAAUUUUAUCAUUUUCUACUCUCACUGUAUCUUUUACAAACGGCACAAGCCUCGUCUCAGAAACGAGGUUGAAGUGCCUGCUUUAAGAUUUAUUUUAU